AUGUCGGCUCAAGUACUACCGAAGAAAAGAUCUAAAUCAGGUUCAUCAAGACUACCUAGUUUAAGUAGUCCAGUACAUACACAUACUUCUUCUUCUCGACAUACACCUCAAACAAAUAGAAUAAUAUCAAACAGCUCUUAUAACAAUCAUCAUGCACAACACAAUAAUAGCAACAAUUCUCGAAAUAGAAUACUACUGAAUAGAUCGAUACAGCAACUGACGCGUCAUGUCAGUAGAAGUCUAGCGCAAGAUGAUGCUGAGGAUGAUUCACUACAAGAAAAUGGAGGUAUAGGAUUUAACGAAAAUAAACAUCAAAUUUUAUCAAAUUUCGAAGAAUGGAUACGAAUGUCUACUGAUAAUAAAAUCAAUAUCAAAAACUCGUGGCAAUUUGCAUUAAUUGAUUAUUUUCAUGAUUUAAAUGUUAUCAAAGAUGGUGAUCAAAUUAAUUUUCAAAAAGCAUCUGCAACCUUGGAUGGGUGCGUUAAAAUUUAUUCAAGUAGAAUUGAUUCAGCAGCUACUGACACAGGGAAAUUGUUAAGUGGAUUAGCUGCAAAACCUAGUGAUAGAGAAGAAUUACCAGAGGGUGAAAAUGCUUUAAACAUGUCUGAUAAUGAAGAUAAUGAAGAUGAAGGAAAGAAAAAGAGAAAAUCUAAUAGAGUUGUUGAGACAACUUUAGUAGAUUUUGAAAGUAUAAGAAUAAAAAAAUUAGAUCAAGAAUUAGCAAUCGAUCCAUUAUUUAAAAAGGCAUUAGCAGAAUUUGAUGAGGGAGGAGCUAAAAGUUUAUUAUUGAACACAUUGAGUAUAGAUUCAACAGGUAGAGUUGUAUUUGAUGCAACUACUAAUCAAGUUCAGCAAGAGCAAAAAAACAGUACUUUCAAAGAAGACACAAGUGAAGUGGACAUUAGUGAUUUAGCAAAAUUUAUUUUCAAUGAUAACUCACAAGUACCAUUUGAAGAAAAAACAAUAUGUCCAUCUCUUCAUGAAUUUCAAUCAGCAUUAGAAGAUGUAAAUAAAGCCAAACGAAUAUUAAAUGAUUUUAACUCCAAAAUGGCUGCGCAAGAUGAGCUUGAACCAGUUGAACAAGAUGCCAAUGAUUAUGAUAUGGAUUUUGAUUUCGAUGUCCCUGAUGAUGAUAUAGAUCUUGGUGGUCAGUCACCAGAAGCAGAUCAAAUCGGAGAAAAAACUGAUGACGUUCUCAAUCAAACUGUAAUGCAGAAUUUAUUUGCUGAAAAAAGUGAUGCAUAUAUUCAAUCUAAAACAAGCACAGUAUUAUUAGAUGAAGAUUUAAUGAAUUAUUUUGAUGAAAAAUUAAAAAUUAAUUGGACUGGACCUGAGCAUUGGAAAGUUUCAGCAUUUAAAAAAGCAAACAAUAUUGAUCAAGAACCUAAAAAGGAGAAAAAACCAGACUCUCAACAGAAAAAGAAAAAGGACACAACAAUUCAAUUUUUCGAUGUUCCGAAUCAAGAUGAAGACAUUUUGUUCAAAGUCCACAAGGAUCCAAAUUUUAUAAAUUUAAAAACUAAAAAUAUUUUAGAAAUAUAUGAUGAUGAGGAAUUCCAAGAAUUGAAAGAAAAGAAUCUUUUACCUGAUGACAUCAAAUUUACAUCUUCAAGAUUAGUGAAUUUGAUACAAAAACCAAUUGUACCUAUAAUGUAUUACCCUAAGAAAUUAAAACAAUUGCAAUCUCAGUCACAACAAGACCAUGACAUUCCAGCGGAUUCAAAUUUCUUUGCUGAACAAUAUAAAGAAAGAGAAGCAUUACAAAGAGAAGAGGAACAAAAUACAUCAAAUGGAGCAGAUGAUAGAGAAAGAUUAGCCAACUCUUUCCAUCAAGCUGAAUACGAAGAUUUUGAUAACGAUUUCGAUGGUAUUGAUUUUAAUGAUGCGCUUGAACCUGAAGUAGAACAGCCUGUAUCUCAAGUAACAGGUAUCAUCAAUAGAAGAAAAUCUGAAUUUGUAAAUUUCUCAAGAGUUGCUAAACGUGUGGAUAUCAAAUUAUUGAAGGAUAAUCUUUGGGAGGUCAUAAAAUUAGAAAGAUAUCAACAGGACGACAAUGAUAAAAGUAUUGACUUCGAUGUUGUAAUGAAUAAAGUUAAACAAAUGUACAGUAUUGAACAAGCUAAUGAUUUAUCUAUUAGUUUUUGUUUCAUUUGUGCUUUACAUUUAGCUAAUGAACAUGGUCUCACGAUAACAAGUAACGAAGCUAAUGAUAACUUAAAUAUAAUUUUUUAA